GCAAAUGCGAGGGUUUCACACCCAGCGAUCUGGACCUCUACCACAUAUUGAGUUGACCUUAUCAGCUGCCGGAGGUUUUGGGAUAUAUCGACGCGUACUUACUCAUCUAAGCAGUAAAAAGGACAAGAAAAUGGAUUCUUUUUCGAGUCGUCAAGCCAUGAACAUCAGACGAAACAAAGGACAGUUUUGGAAGAGCAAGGGCAAGGCAAAGCAGCAACUGCAGCCCACUGCUGACAUAGUAUAUGCCAAGGGGGCCAUUAUGCAGACCGUGCCCUCUAUCGGCAAAGUCUUAAACGAGAUAACGGAGCCCAUGCUUGGUCUCCAGUAUGUGUGGGAAUACCGCAGCCCCAGUAAAACUGUCCCACCACAUUACCAGUGCAAACUUUGCUUGGUGUCCCGCUUGCUGCAAGAUAUGGUUGCUCACGUCAAAAGUUGGAGGCACAACUUACGGUACCUGCAAAAGGUGCACCCUAAUAUGGUCGUGAGUGGGGAGGAGGAGUCCAUGAAAGAUCCUGGCUUGAGGAAGAGGAUUAAAGAGAUUACAUUGGAAGUGGAAAGGAUGGAGGGAAGGGGACAACUCAAGGUGGUCAUGAAGGAGCCUUCCACUGUGUCCGCAUUCCAGGGUCUCCCUACUACUGUUCCAAAGCCAAUACCCCCACUUGGACCCGAAAUGGGGACAAAGGAACCCCUCUUUAAUCCGAUGUUCAAUGACGAGCGGUGUCCUCCAGACCUUGGUCCUUAUGAAGAAUAUACUGAUGACUUUGAACAGUUAGAGUUUGAAAGCUUUUCACCUGAUCGCGGGUGCCCAGGCCCUGGUAUGAGACCGAGACAAUAUACAGAUGGACCGGGGGGUGAUUUUAGGCUGAACAAUGGACAAGAUCGUUUUAACCCUGGCAAAAUGUUUGACAAGUACCAAGGCUCCUCCAUGGCAGGCAGCUUAAUGGACUUACAUGUGGAGAAGCCCUUUGACAGAGCACUCCCCAUGGAACCAAAAAGAGGCCAUGAUUCUAAUCCACUGCUUGAUUACCUGGAGACCUUCCAGAUAAAGAAUGAGAAUGAUGCACAAAUGGUGCUGAAGGUGACACAAAAACUAACAGAUAUGCUGAUGGACUUUAGACUGAGGAGCAUAUCAUCAACAGGUCCUAGCAUGAGCAGCUUGUCAAUGAACUCCGGCUUCUCAUCCAUGUCCUCCAGCCUACCAAGAAGCGAUACCCGACAUUCCCGCCCCCUAUUUCGAGAUCGUCCUCGUUACUGAUGGUCCUCCAGAUUCUAGACGUUUUUCUGACCUCAUUCUUCACUUGGUGUCCAUCAGCAGUGAAUGUCUUAUACACUUUCUGCCUUUUUAUUUUUAACUUUUAGGUUUGUACAAAACAUCAGAAUCUUUCACUUAGUUACCAGACACAUCAUCUGAUGAAGCAACAUGUAUCUACUGAGUUGUUUCUUUUGAAAUAAACAAAUUUCAUCCAA